AAGAGGCGGACACUCAGCGGCAGCAGGUUUUUGAGAGCAGCAGCCCAAAGGAGGAGGAGGAGGAGGAAGAAAGGAGAAGGAGGAGGAGGAAAAGAAGGAAUCAGAGCGAGAGGAACCGUGUGGCUGCAGUCAGGAGGGACACAAACACAGAGAGACAGGAAAAGGAGGAAAUACUGACAAGAGAAGGCUUCUUCCCCCCUCACCUCACUGACCCAUGAAAGAGGCCAUGCCGGUCCUCACAGCAGGAGCAGGGCUGCAUGAGACGCUGGCCCUGCUGACCUCUCAGCUGCGGCCAGAUGCCAAUCACAAAGAGGACAUGGUCUUCCUCAAAGACGUCUUCAGUGAGAGGAGCCUGGGAUACCUCAUGAAGAUCCACGAGAAGUUGAGACAGUACGAGAGACAGAGUCCAACACCCGUCCUUCACAGUGCCUCUUCUCUGGCAGACGAUGUGGCGGAGGAGCUGCAGGGUGGACCAAUGAGCUCAGAGGAGAAGGAGCUGCUGCACCUGCUGACGUCACCACAUCUCAAGGCCGUUCUCUCCGUGCACGACACUGUGGCUCAGAAGAACUUUGACCCCGUGCUGCCGCCUCUGCCAGACGACUUAGAGGAUGAGCUGGAGGAAGAGUCAGUGAAGAUCGUCCGACUGGUGAAGAACAAGGAGCCUCUGGGAGCCACCAUCAGGCGGGAUGAAGCUACCGGGGCUGUGAUUGUGGCUCGGAUCAUGAGAGGAGGUGCAGCUGAUCGCAGUGGUUUGGUCCAUGUAGGAGAUGAACUCAGGGAGGUCAACGGAGUCUCCGUGAUCCACAAGAGACCUGAUGAGAUCAGUCAGCUGCUGUCCCAGUCCCAGGGCUCCAUCACUCUGAAGAUAAUCCCUGCCAUUAAAGAAGAGGACCGCCUGAAGGAGAGCAAGGUGUACAUGAGAGCUUUGUUUGACUACAUCCCGCUGGAAGAUAAAGCGACACCUUGCCAAGAAGCAGGACUCCCCUUCAAACGGGGAGACAUCCUGCAGGUUGUAACCCAGGACGACCACACGUGGUGGCAGGCCAAGCGUGUAGGCGACAGCAACCUCCGAGCCGGACUCGUGCCCUCCAAACUGUUCCAGGAGAGGCGACUGGCUUACAGGAUGAAAAUGGGCACGCUCCCGAAUCCUAAAUCGCCUAAAAAGCCUGUCUCUGACCAAGGAUGUGAUAAAGAGGACUGUGACUGUGAGGGCUAUUUCAAUGGACAGUACAUAGUCUCUCCUAAGUGUAAAGCAGUGGCGCCCUCCUGUGGCCAGGUGUUUUCCUGGGAAUUUUAUUCAGCUGGUUUACGGAGAAGUUUCCGGAUGAGUCGGAAGGACAGGCAAGGAUCCUCUGGGGAGGGCUCUGAUCCUGGAGACCCGGACUUUCAGACAUAUGAAGAGGUGACCCGAUACCAGCAGAGGCCCAAUGAGAGGCCUCGACUUGUGGUUCUUAUCGGUUCUCUUGGAGCACGAAUAAAUGAGCUCAAACAGCGGGUGAUCGCUGAAAAUCCUCAUCGUUUUGCAGUGGCUGUACCACAUACCACCAGGCCUAAGAAGCCUCAUGAGAAGGAGGGUGUGGAGUACCAUUUUGUCACUAAACAGCAAUUUGAUGUAGACGCUUUAAACAACAAGUUUAUUGAGCAUGGGGAAUACAAGGAGAACCAGUAUGGCACAAGUAUAGAGGCUAUCCGCUCUGUGCAGGCCAAGAACAAGAUGUGUGUAGUGGACGUUCAGCCUGAGGCCCUGAAGAGGCUGCGGACAGCAGAGUUCAAACCCUACGUCAUCUUUGUCAAACCUCGUGUUCCUGAGAGCAGACGUCGGCGCAGUGCUGCCACUUCUCCAGGAGGGGGCGAUCAUGGCCGCAUUACAGAUGAAGAUCUGCAGGAGAUGCGACAGUCUGCCGUUCAGAUCGAUCAGCAGUAUGGACACCUGGUGGACCGGGUCCUAAUCAAAGAGGAUUCUGCCAGUGCCUGUGCAGAACUAAGGGGGAUCUUGGAAAGGCUGGAACGAGAGUCUUUCUGGGUUCCUGUCAGCUGGGUGCGGACCUAAACUCACAUCCCCUUCCUGCAAGAACUUCACAGCCAACCCACCCUGAUCCUGCACCUGUCCAGAGCUCCCCUCCUCCUCCCCAAAGGCUUAGAGGGGCAGCCUGGGAGUCUGCUGAGCUCUCUCUGUGUGAAUGAUGCAGGGCUGCUCAGACAGCGAUAAAGGGAGGCACCAAAGGGAGAGGAUGAUGUCAUAGAGGACAUCACCGUCUGGGGUGUUGGAGCGGGUCGAUCACCGCCAUUUAAACACCCAAAAAUCCCAGUUUUGUUCUCACUUUCUAGAGUUUUAACAAUCCGGGUUUGGUUAAAUUUAUUAAUUGACUUUAAAGACAAGAGACUGAUGAAGGUUGGUGUUAAGAAAAUUAUUUAUUCCUUAUGCUGUCACUCUUUUUAGAUGAGUGUGUCAGGUUUGGUUACCCACUCAAAGGACUUCUCAGUCAAUCAGCUUUAUUGUGACUCUUUUUGGAGUACCUUCAGUAGCAUGUUUUACUUAACUUAAUGCCAAUCUCAGAAUGCUUCCUGUUCCUGCAUCCUGUACAGCAUAAGACCAUCAAACACUCUCCAGAACAGGACUAGUUGAUAAAUACAGUAACAUGAAUGCAUUUGAAACAAUUCUUUUUUUUUUUUGCUUAACAUCUGACAGAAACACAAUGGAAUGUGAGAACUUUAUUUUCUACAGAACUGUUUGUUUUUAGGAAACGCAUGAUUAUUAAUCUCAGAUGUAAAUAUUGUAAAUGUUUACUUCUCUUGUGCCAACGAAUGAUCUCGUAGCACUUCAAUGCCUGUUUACCGGUAAUUCCCAGGAACCCACUUUCUGUUUGUGUGUAAAACAAUAAUUUGCACAAAGUAUGUGUGAAUGUAUGUCACUGUGUAUGUUCAUACACCACCCGAAGAGUCCCAUUCUACGUACAGGAUUAGGUUUUUAUGACAGUGUCCUUUCAUAUAUCUGUAAUUUUGACAGCAGAAGACGGGGAGGGUGCUGGAUGUCUCUUUUCUUUGAUAAUCAGAGCUUCACUUUAUUGAUGUUUUGUAAAACCAGAAACACAAAGUUAAGAUGGUACAAGUGAUUAUUAUUAAUGGGUCCCAUGCUAUAGUUUUAACAAUUAGUCAUUCUACAGAAAGUUAACAGUCAACUUUAGCAGAAGUUUUGAUAUUUGAUCAUUUCAUUUAUUCAGACAGCAAACAAACCAACAUUCCCUUGUUUGAGCUGCUCAGCUGUGACUUUUUUCCAUCUUGUCUUUAGUGUGGUUAAACUGAAGCCUGGUUUAAAGUCAAACUGACUUCACAAUGUUUAGAGCUCAUGGGAAGAGUUUUUAACUGGUUAUGAAACACUUCAUUUAAUACUCUAUGAACCAUAAGAGACAAGAAUGAUUAUUUGUACACGUAGUCAGAUUCAAUUAUGGAUUGCAUGCUGCAGAAACUAUGACUAUAUUUUUACAUUUUCCACAGCAAAGAUUCUCAGAGUGAGUGAUAUAUUUGACUGUUUCACGAAAGCAUGAUGAGACUUUUUAUUAGAAACAUUACAAACACUUGUAAAGGACAAAAUUAGUAAAUAGAUCAUUCAAUCUAUCAAGCAACCUUAAUUUGUAAAGAACAAAUCACAUUACAAAGUAACUUUUAGCAAAGUUACAGUGGCAAGGAAAAACUUGAGCAGAAUCAGACCUCUGCUGAAACUGUGUUGAGAUAAAAAUCACUGCUUUGUCCAGAGGGCUCGCCAAAGCCAACCCAAAGUCAAAGUUCCUCACAAGAGCUUUAAGAUUGUUUUAAAUACCUUUGGAGACUUUAAAUAUUUCUGAUUUCACUUCAGGCUGGUAGAAAAAAACACACUAAUUUAUCAUAAAGGUACAUUGAGUUGCUGUUCAUCUUAAUUAAUUAAUUUUCUCUCCCAACUGGUUGUGAAAACAUCCCUCUGUGAAUCAUUUUUACUGAAAGUGAUGAGGAAAUAAUCUCCCUUACCCCCCCUGUGUAAAGAUUGAUCCCAGGCCACACUAUGAAGUAGCAGGGCCAUGAAGUGUUCCAAAGUGUUUUUUGUUUUUUUUGUUACUGUUCCUACAUCACAGCCACGAAUACGUCAUCUUCCAACGUUUGUCCUUAUUCCUUUAAAGAUAAUAUUCAUACUAAGAUGUUUACAUAAAAGGAGAAGAAAUAUGUCACUAAUAUUCCAAUAUACAUGAGGCCAUAUAUAUUCAUAUUAAAGAAAACCUAACUAAACACUCACUAGUUGAUAUCUCAAAGAGCUGAUAAAUGCUGAUUUGGAAUAAAUCCCUAAUGUGGUGAUUUGAAAUGUUUUAUGCUGGUAACAUGACCUGUAUCAAAUAUGGAAUAACUCUGUAUUCUUGAUAACAUGGAGGAUUCAUGUGCAAGUAAAAUGUAUUGACUGCAUCCUAUAUGUUCAAACAAAACAUUUACAUCUGUUGCAAAAAACAUUUGCCAGCAUAUAAGCUCAGCUCGACAUAAAGAUCCAUCAACUGACAGAACAGAAUCGUACUGAAAUCUCUUUAGGAAGGGAUAUUUUCCCAGCCAGUAAGAAGGAGAGAGAUUCUUCCACCCACCCAGGAGCUCCUUUAAGAUACAUGUUGAUUUAGGUAUCUAAUUACAUCAGAGAAACCAGUGAGGACUUACAGGCUUUAGUCAUAGGUUGACCUACAGUUUAUGGCUUGAAAAUUUCAUUCCUGCUCUGGCAUGUUCUAGAGAGAGAGAGAGAAAGAGAGAGGGUGUGAUGAAAUCAUCUUUUUUUUUUAACACAAAGUUUCCGCUUCAUGUGUCAUUUGAACAAAAAGAAACCCUGAAUGUUGAGUUUGUAAAGUGACAUGUACAAAGUGCCAUAAUAAAGCUAGCUGAAUCAAA